AUGAAUCUAAAACUAAUUAAUAUAUUUACCACAUUACUAAACAGAUACAUUCCACUUAUUUUUGUUCACAGUCAUAUAUGUCCUCGACCUGAAUAUUAUUUAUUCGUUAACACUUACAGAAAGUUUCACAGCAUACACAAUUCAUUGUUAUAUUCGCAUACAGUUAACUAUGAUAAAAUGAUCAAUAAAGUAUUUCAAUCCUUAAACUUGAUUACCAAAGGAAACCUUGGUGAUGCAGAAUUUAAAAUAUACUUUUCAGAUGCCUCUGGGAAUAAAGUUUCACCAUGGCACUUUAAUCAUAUAGAUGAAAUAUCAAGUGUAGAUAGUGAUGGAAACAAGGUAUUUCCAAUGAUAGUUGAAAUUUCCAAAAAUCAGUUAGAAAAGUUGGAAAUAGACACUAAAACAUCCGAGAAUCCUAUAAAACAAGAUUUGAAGAAUGGAAUUGUUAGACUAUAUCCAAAACCUAACCCAUUCAAUUAUGGAGCAAUGCCUAAGACUUGGGAGGACCCUAAGGAAUUUGUUGAGGAAGGAGGGUCUAAAUAUUUUGGAGAUAAUGAUCCCUUGGAUCUAGUUGAGAUAUCACCUGUCCCAUAUAAGCCUGGUGACAUUUUGACCGUAAAGGUUAUUGGUGCUUUAGGGUUGAUUGACCAAGAUGAAAUGGAUUGGAAAAUAAUAGUCAUUAGCACCCAUAAUGAGAACUACAAAAAUAUCAGUAAUAUGCAAGAUGCUGAAAAGUAUUACCCAAGUAUUUGCCAUGAUAUAGUACACUGGUAUAAAACCUACAAGGUGCCCAAUAACAGAUUCAUCCGAAAUGAGCAAUAUCUCACGGUUGAUGAAGCUAUGAAUAUCAUUGACAAUGCCAAAAAGGCGUACGAUUCGAAUAAGUGGAAAGAUGAGAACUUAGUUUAA